CCCUAGUAAGUGAAAGUGAAAGAAACUACUCAUCCAAAUAUCUAUAGAAAAGUAAAUGAAUCCCGCUAAUGCAACCUUCUCUUUCUCUGAGCUUGAUUUCCUUCAAUCAAUAGAAAACCAUCUUCUGAAUUAUGAUUCCGAUUUUUCUGAAAUUUUUUCGCCGAUGAGUUCAAGUAACGCAUUGCCUAAUAGUCCUAGCUCAAGUUUUGGCAGCUUCCCUUCAGCAGAAAAUAGCUUGGAUACCUCUCUUUGGGAUGAAAACUUUGAGGAAACAAUACAAAAUCUCGAAGAAAAGUCCGAGUCCGAGGAGGAAACAAAGGGGCAUGUCGUGGCGCGUGAGAAAAACGCGACACAAGAUUGGAGACGGUACAUAGGAGUUAAACGGCGGCCGUGGGGGACGUUUUCGGCGGAGAUAAGGGACCCGGAGAGAAGAGGCGCGAGAUUAUGGCUAGGAACUUACGAGACCCCAGAGGACGCAGCAUUGGCUUACGAUCAAGCCGCUUUCAAAAUCCGCGGCUCGAGAGCUCGGCUCAAUUUUCCUCACUUAAUUGGAUCAAACAUUCCUAAGCCGGCUAGAGUUACAGCGAGACGUAGCCGUACGCGCUCACCCCAGCCAUCGUCUUCUUCAUGUACCUCAUCAUCAGAAAAUGGGACAAGAAAAAGGAAAAUAGAUUUGAUAAAUUCCAUAGCCAAAGCAAAAUUUAUUCGUCAUAGCUGGAACCUACAAAUGUUGCUAUAACUGUAUUUAAUUUGGAAGGAAUUAAUUAAGGUUAUUCUAUGUCUUUGUAUUAGAAUUUAGAAUAAUUCCCUAAAGCUCCUGAAGAACGAAACUUGUAAACAUCUCUCUGUCUCCGUAUCAUGUUCUAAUUUAACAUGAAAUUACAU